GAGCGAUUCUUCCCCGGCAACGCGCCACCGCCUACGCUUCCUCUUCAGCACCUUGCAGCCCCGCCUCACUUUCUACAGGCUCCUCUUCCUAUUCAGCAACUUGCACCAUAUCCUCAGUUUCUGCCACAUCAGCUUCCUCUUCAGCAACUUGUUCUCCCGGCUCCAUCGCCGCCGCCGGACGUGCUGCCGUGGUUCUUUCAGCACACGGCGGCCGGGCGGCGCAGCGACCGCGGGUCAUCGCUAAUUAAUUUCCUUGACCGUGAUUUGGCUUCUAUUCUUUCUCUUCUCAGUAUGGCCCACAAAUCAGUAUUGGAUGGACGAGGCACCAGGAGGCCCACCUGUCAGUGUUCUGGUGGCACGUCGCCGAGUCAUAUGGUGACGUGCGGGUUGCUGCUUGGCUCGGGCAGUUUCGACUUUCGACUUCUUCCACAGUUCGGAGACGCGAGGUGGGAAGGGUGGGGAGAAGGCGUGAGCGCGAGGAAAGUGGGGAUGGAGAGGCUUCCGAUCUCGAUUACCCCGGUUGCCGAAUCGAGAAUCUAAUUCGGUUCCACCCAACACCUCAGAUCGGAUUCCAACCCCCCAAAUCGGCCCACCCACUUUCCCCAAAUCGAUCGUCUUUGGGAAUUUUGUUUUUUGGGCGAUUUUUUGGGGCCACCGAUCGGAUCGGGCUGAGUUGAGUUGAUCGGGGAGCGAUGCGAAUCGAGGAGCUUCCGGGCGAUUCCGGAGGAGGAGGUGGGGGAGAGGGUGGGGAGGAGCUUCCGCAGCUGCGUCUCGGGGACUGCGGCGCCGCGGCGGGGGAGGGUGGGGUGGUGAUGCGGGUGGCCGUCGACGCGAAGCGCGCGGCGGUGGGCGUCGGCGCGCGGAUGCUGUUCUACCCGACGCUCUGCUACAACGUCGUGAGGAAUCGGCUUGAGUCGCACUUCCACUGGUGGGAUCAGGUCGACGAGCAUGUUCUGCUCGGUGCUGUUCCAUUCCCUAGCGAUGUUCUCCGUCUAAAGGAGCUUGGAGUUUGUGGUGUGGUAACACUGAAUGAAUCAUAUGAGAGGCUCGUCCCUAGAUCGCUAUACGAGGCUCAUGGAAUCGAAAACCUGGUGCUACCAACAAGGGAUUACCUUUAUGCACCUUCUUUUGUCAACCUUUGUGAAGCUGCUGAUUUCAUCCACAGAAAUGCUUUAUCUGGGAAGUUAACUUACGUCCACUGCAAAGCUGGUCGUGGACGUAGCACUACUGUUGUUAUUUGCUACUUGGUGCAAUAUAAAAAUAUGACUCCUGCAGAAGCUUAUGAACAUGUCCGCUUGCGUCGGCCUAGGGUGUUAUUAGCUUCUGCACAGUGGCAAGCUGUGCAAGAAUUCUACCAACUUAGAGUGAAGAAAACUGGGAAGUCUGCUUGCCUCGACAAUCCUAUCAUCAAGCCACCGUUGUUCCUUGCGACUCGUAACCUUGUUGCAUUUGAUGACAGCGCAUUUGUGAUGGUCUCAGAAUCAGACCUAGAAGGGUAUAAUGCGGAUACGUUGGCACUUAAUAUGGGCAGUGGAUUGUGGGAGAUAAGCUUAAUAUACCGUGUGCAGUUUGCUAGCAAGGCAGCUUUUGCUGGUUUUUCAUACCUGUGGCUUCGAUGUUGCGCCUGCAAGGAGGCUCUACCUGAGAAUGUGGGGAGAGAGACCUGCUCUCUUGAGGCAGAGCAGAUGACAACUGGGCAUCCCUGUCUACUGCAAGGUGUUGUGGUUAACCCAUGAUUGUCUGAGUUCUCUUGUGUUUUUGCAUUGCUCCUGUACAUAUUAAAGAGAAGGACGUGCAAUGUGGGUCCGUAACUCGUGUCUGCAGCAACCAAAGAGUGAAGUUGCUCGGGUUUGUAUAUAUAUCAUGUAAUAAGUUGACUGCUACGUGUAUAUUAUGUUAAAUGAAAAGCGUCUCAACUUGCUGACCAAAUGUGUUCCAUCAA